AUAAAAUAUAAAAUUGCAGUGCCCUUUCCUUGCCGUGCUUAAUGCCUUUGCCUUGGCAACCUCUCCGCAACAUUUUCUAUAUUGAUUUGUGUUUGUUACGUUGUACCUAUCUUAAAAUACGAAAAUGUAUUUUUCUUGCUUGUAGUUUUUUUAUUGUCUCGCCUACCUUUAGAUAACGUUGUUUAUUUAGGAGCAAAAAUUCUCAGAAUUGAUGAAAAAAAAACAAAGUAAAUAUACAGUUAAAAUAUCGAGAAUCUUUUCACUGAUAAUCUUGUUUAUCCAAUGUCAGUGGCAAUAAAAAAAAAUGUUGAGAUUUUAAUUAAACUUUCUUUUUCCAAAUAAAAUGGCUACCAAUAUGCAGUUAUGUAUAAAUUGUCAAAUCAGAGAGGGCUUCAAACGUUGUGCACGAUGCAAGUUAGCAUGUUACUGCAGCCGUGAGUGUCAAAAGAAAAAUUGGAGAGCUGGACACAAGACAAAUUGUGUCGAUGUAAAAGAGCAAGGAAAAAGUUUGAAAGAGAAAACACACAUCGAAAUUAAGCAAGUUAAAGUUUGAUUUAGCUUCUUUACAUACAACUUCUUAUAUAAAAGAUCAGCAGGAUCGAAAAUGUCUACAUGUCUCAGAUGCAAAUCAAAAGAAGCAAAAUAUCACUGCGGUCGCUGUAAAGAGCGAUUGUAUUGUGGUAAGGAAUGCCAGGUUACUGACUGGAAACAACAUAAAAUAAAAUGUAGCAAAAUGGGUGAAAAUAAAGUUAAUACAAGUGCAGAAAAAAUAUUGCAUGAACUUAACAACCCAAGUCAAGCCACUCGACUUGAAAAAGGAAUAGUAGAAUUGUUGGAAUACAUGCCUUCAUGCGUUAGAAAACGUGUACAUCUUGAUAUCCCAAACUUCCAGGAGGAAUAUCAACAAAAUUAUCCACAGGAAAAAGAACAUGUUGGCAUAUUAAAAGACGCAUUUAAUGACCAAAAGCUGUAUCCUUUGCAAGAGCUUGUUUUGGAUAAUGUGCCAUGGAACGUCGGUAUGUUUAUAAAAAGGUAUGGUGACCAUUCGUCUCAGUUAAUGAAAUUCCUACAAAGUGACCCAAAGCCGGCGAUAUAUAUAAAAGUCGUGCCCAGAGAAAUUACCCUAAACAACGCUAUCAAAUAUUUCGAAAUGCACCUAUCAAGGAAACAUCUUUUAAGUUUGGAAAGACAUAUGUUUUCAUUGGCUAUGUGGAUCUCCUUCAAAUUAUGAUGGGGAAUGUGAUAGGAAAUGGUGGCAAAUUGAUAUUCCAUGGAUUUGACCAAUCAGAAAUUUGUGUGGCACGUUCACUUGUGAUUUACGAGAUGAUAAAAACGCCAGCGAGUCUGGAUUCAAUUUUAGAAGUUUGGUUCUCAACUGGCUGGAGCGAAAGAACGUUGGAGGAAUUUAAAGCUGCAUGCUGUAACGUGAAGAAAUCGACCCAAGAGACACGCUUGAAAGAGUUGAUACAACUCUGGAUGAAGACGAAGUUGUCAUUGGCGGAUGCAAAAAGAAGAUGGUUUGAGGGAUAUGUACAGAACGAUUGGUUCUUAGCUGCAGGUAAUCUGCAGUAUAAAAAAGAUCGUGUGGAAUUUUGCCGUUAUCAGUUGACAGGUCAAAUAUUUGGUGAAUUGCAGUCACAAUGUCUUGGUAACGUCACGAUGUUUACCAGAACGCCUCCAUUUGAACACUACCAACUGUCCGCAGAGCAUUUUUUAGCUACUUUCAGUAUGAGCAACUCUUUGGAACACGCUGGCAGCUUUCUUGAAAGUAUCAAAAGAUACUACAAAACCAAACUGACAUCGUUUAUCCAACUCAUUGCAGAAGGUAAAGUGGAAUGUAGUUUGAAUGUUAUGACAGUAGAGUUAAACAACCAAAAAGCAAUUCAAAAAAUUUGCUCGCUGCAACCAGAUCAUAUUGACUGGAACAACGUUGCUGACUAUAUGAAGAAGGAAACUUUCUUUACACUGGCAGAGGCUUGUUCUAAUGAAGAAACAAUCCAUUCUAUGCAUUUUAUGAAUUGGUCACAGAUUGUGUACGGCACGUUUAUUCUUGAGUAUGAAAAUCGGUCCGAAGUUCACGCAAAGCAAAAGGAAAAAUUAAUGGAACUUUUCAAAGGCUGUCAUGAUGCCAGUAUGAUGCAAUUUUUUAGAAAGGAUACACACAUUGUUUAUCCAUGGAAUGCAAGUACAGAUAUGUUGGCGUUGCAAUAUCGCGAGAAGUUUUUAGAAUAUUAUUUUGACGUGCAUGGUUUUGCUAUUAAUAUCAUUGAUAUUUCUGAGCCGGAAUUAUUCAAUUGUUUACUUCGAAGCAACCAAGUAUUUGAUUUAACAUUUCAGAUCAGCAAAGUUUGAGUCUGGCGUUCAAGCAAUGUCUAAAAUACCUAUUUGGACAUUAGGUACAAAUUGUCUUGAUCUAUUUUUUUGGUAUAUUUGGUAUGAAAAUUGUAAACAGUUCUAUAAACAUGUUCGUUUAACAAAAUGUCAUUACGAAUUUUUACCUGAGUCUAUUAUUGUCACUGGCAAAGUCGAUUAUAUUUUUUACAGUUUCCCUUAAAAGCGCCUAUAAAGCAUUCCCCAAAAAUGAUAUUCUGUAUUAUAAGACUUUUGUUUACAUUUUUAAUUGGCUGGAAACACAUCAUGUAAUAAAAUGAAGCAAUUUCGUUAGUUACUGUGAGAGGUUUUUAAACCACAGGGAAUUUGCAUGCUUUGUUAUGAAUGAUUAAUGUACGGUAAAUGGCAAUUACCAUUGUUAUUUUUGUUGUCUAUUUUGUUCAAAGUUCGUAUCUUUUUUAAGAAAUUGCUAACAAAUUGUUUUGUGAUCAGAAGCAUACAAUAGGUUUUGAAACGUUUUUAAGUGGA